AUGGUGAAUACUCGAUCAGAAACCGACCGAGUGCCUCGGGAUGACCGAAAUGCCCGAGACGAAGGAAACUCCAACGAUCCCCAAUUCACUCUCCUGAAUGAAAGAAUGGAGCAGAUGGCCAAAAGCAUCGAGGAUUUGGCCACUAUGAAUGCUGUCCUCCAGGCCCGGGUUCCAGAACUUCACCGAACUAUUACUGACCCAGGAAAUCGAGAGGAAGGCAGCCGGGUCGAAGGAACAGAGGAGCCGAACAAAGAAGAAGAAGUCCCAGGAAAUCCACCACCUGUUCAACCCGAGGCAGCAAGGGCGGUACAAGGCAUGAUUGCCCGGUUGGAGCAAAGAUGCAAUGUUCUAACCGCAGCUAUCCAACGGAACGAUAAGGGAAAAGCUUCCCUGGUGGAAAACCUUUUACAGAAGACCACCUCCCCAUUCACCGAGGAGGUGGCAAAUAUUUGCCUUCCUGAGAAGUUCAAAGUCCCAGAGAUCCCGUUUUAUACGGGACUUGAAGAUCCUGUGGAGCACCUAGAUAAUUUCAGAGCCCACAUGGAUCUCCAUCGAACACCCGAGAUGGUUGCCUGCCGAGCCUUUCCUUUGACCCUCUCGGGCAAUGCCCGUGACUGGUUCAGGAGCCUCCCGCCAAAUUCCAUUCGUCAUUUCGAGGACCUCGGCAGGAUGUUCCUGACGCAGUUCAUGGCCGGAAGGGUCAGAAGAAAGCCGUCGGGAUCCUUAAUGUCGUUGCACCAAGGACCCGAGGAAUCCCUCAGAGAUUUCUUUAUGAGGUUCAACAAGGCUAGACUUGAAGCUGAGGCAACAACAGAUGAUUUCAUCUACGGAGCUCUCUUUCAGGGAAUCCGAAAAGACGGAGCACUAAUGGCUGAUAUAGCCAGGAAGCCCCCUCAGAAUUUAGAUGGCUUUAUGAGUAAAGCUGAGAAGUACAUUAACCAGGAAGAGACACUCCGAGCUCUGUUGGGACCCGAGACUACUCGCCCAUCCACUUCCGGGAACCCAAAAAAGAAGAAUCCUCGGAAGGAAGAACCGAAGCGGGUUCCGGAAGAAGAGGCCAGGCCGAAGCGGGAUCAGGAGUCCCUAAGGGGUCACAACUGGACACCCCUCAAUGCACCCAUUAUGGAUGUUCUCCUGGAAAUAAAGCGAGACCCGACGUACCGGAAGCCCAAACCGGUGCUUGCAAAUCCGCAUUCACGAUACGCCGACCAGUACUGUGCGUUUCAUGACACCACCGGGCAUCGUACGGAAGCCUGCAUAUCCUUGAGACUUCUGAUUGAACGUUUCAUAGAAAACGGAAAACUUGUCCGUUUCCUCGCAGAUCAGAGAAUUCAGCAGAAUCCGGAGCACGGCAACCGCCACCAUCAGAAUCGACUCCAUCAGGAUCAAAACAAUCCCCGGGAUGAUCGGGGAAGAAAUCAAGAAAGAGGAAGGGAACAAGAACGCAGGCCGGAUCCUCGGGCUGCACGAGAGAGAAGUAGGAGCCGAGCCAGACCCGAACGGCAGGAGAACCUUCUGGAAAUACAGACGAUUUCGGGGGGUUUCGGAGGAGGCGGAGAAUCUAGCUCGGCGCGGAAGGCAUAUGCAAGACAGUUACGGGAUUUCGAGGUAUACUCGGUGCAGAAACCUCCAAAGUCCUAA